AGCCACUGGGGGCCGGGACGUUAAUGGAAUUUCCACCUGGGGAUUUCGUUGGCGUCAGCUUGAGGGAGCUCACGAUGAACAUAAGUAGGGUUGGAGGCAUCUCAGCAUGGAGCAGCCGGUGGAGACAGAGCCCGUCUCAGCCCACACCAUGCUGUGGCCCCUGCUGCUGUUGCUGGCCGCCGGUGAGGCCCAGACCACCCGGCCCUGCUUCCCUGGAUGCCAGUGUGAGGUGGAGACCUUUGGCCUCUUCGACAGCUUCAGCCUGACGCGGGUGGAUUGCAGCGGCCUGGGCCCUCACAUCGUGCCCGUGCCCAUCCCCCUGGACACAGCCCACCUGGACCUGUCCUCCAACCGGCUGGAGACGGUGAACGAGUCCGUGCUGGCAGGCCCGGGCUACACCACGCUGGCCGGCCUGGACCUCAGCCACAACCUGCUCACCAGCCUCUCGCCCACGGCCUUCUCCCGCCUUCGCUACCUGGAGUCGCUUGACCUCAGCCACAACGGCCUGGCCGCCCUGCCCGCCGAGAGCUUCACCAGCUCACCCCUGAGCGACGUGAACCUGAGCCACAACCGGCUCCGCGAGGUCUCCGUGUCCGCCUUCGCCACCCACAGCCCGGCCAGGGCGCUGCACGUGGACCUCUCGCACAACCUCCUCCACCGCCUCGUGCCCCACCCCGCGCGGGCCAGCCUGCCGGCGCCCACCAUUCAGAGCCUGAACCUGGCCUGGAACCGGCUCCACACCGUGCCCGACCUCCGGGACUUGCCCCUGCGCUACCUGAGCUUGGACGGGAACCCACUGGCGGCCAUCGGCCCAGGGGCCUUCGAGGGGCUGGCAGGCCUUACACACCUGUCGCUGGGCAGCCUGCAGCGACUCCCCCAGCUGGCGCCCUAUGGCUUCCGCGAGCUGCAGGGCCUGCAGGUCCUGGAUUUGUCAAGCAACCCCAAGCUCAAGUGGGCAGGACCCGAGGUGUUCUCGGGCCUGGGCUCCCUGCAGGAGCUGGACCUGUCAGGCACCGGCCUGGUGCCCCUGCCCGAGAAGCUGCUCCUCCAUCUCCCAGCGCUGCAGAGCGUCAGCGUGGGCCGGGGCGUGCAGUGCCGGCGCCUGGUGCGGGAGGGCACCUACCCCAGGCAGCCUGGCUCCACCCCCAAGGUGGCCCUGCACUGCAUAGACACCCACGAGUUAGCUGCCCGGGGCUCUGAUGCCUUGUGACGAAUGGUGUGGCCUGGGGCCAUGUAACAGACUUCGCCCUGGGCUCCCUCGGGUCCUGGGUAAUUUAUAUUUUAACGUGCCAAUGCCAGCAGGGACGCUGCAGGCCUGUGUGGCAGCAUCAUUGAAAGAGAGGCUUUGGACCUGGGACCCACACCCAGGAGCAAGGUUUUGCCCGUUUGUCUAUGUUGCUCCCCAGACCAUAAGCCGAGGGUCUUCGAUGCCAAACCAGACAGCAGUUCCCUGCUGUCCUUCCCUACUUGUCCCCAAAGUGCCUUCCCUGAGGCCUGGACCAACCUGACCCAUGACAGGAGGAGGGCGGGCGGGAGGUAGUGCUGCGGGGCAAAGGUCCAGCCACUCAGGCAUGGGUUUCUUUUACGACACAGCCCUCUCUUUGCUCUGGGCUUGUGAGGCCUACUUCAUCCUUUUUUCUUCCCCUAGAACUCUGGAUAGAACUUUAUAGAAAGGACUGGAGAAAAACACCUAGUCCACCUCCUCAUGUGCCAGAUGGGGAAACUCAGGCCUAGGGAAGGAAAAAUGCUAUUCUGAGGUCCUACAGUGGCAGAAGCGUGGAUGGACCCAAUGUCCAGCCUCCCAGCAGGGCCCCUUUGCACUUUCCUCUCUUCUCUAAAUCAUUCCCUCCCUCUCCCCUUUCUGGGCUCCCCCUUGCUUCCAAGACUCACAUCCUGCCAUUUGUGCCCUUUCCCUGUCGUCCCCAGGAGGAGAGGCCUCUGGGCCCGGUAGCCGGCUGUGGCACAAGCUAAGUCAGUUCACCUCGGAGCCUCUAGAAGCCUCAGGGAUACCAGUCCCAGCCCUGCCGGUUUCCCACUCUGGGGUGGGGUCCCCCAGCAUCAAGAAUGGAAAUGCGCCCAUUGACCCCUGAGGUACUGCCUCUAGAUGCAGUCCUGGAGCCCCUCCAGGCCCUGAGCUCCUGAGCUCCCUCAGACCCCACUGGCCCUAUGCCCGACAGCCCAGCUCAUCCUACUGAGAAUGCAGUGAAGGAGGUAAGGGAGACCCCACCCAUGUUUAUGCUCUGCCACCAGGGUGCCAUCUCAGCUUCCCAGCCCUGGGCUCUCUCCUUAGUAUGGGGUUAAUAAAAGUUGUUGCCUUUUUAAUGGACUGUCACUUUCGGCCACCCCCCGUCCAGGUCCCUGCUGGCAGGGGAUGGAAACAGGCCAUUUGUAAAAGAAGAAAGACAUUGCAUUUGUUCGCUUUUGUAAUAUUGUGUCCUGGGGAUGGGUUGGGGGAGGAGGCAUUGGGUGAAAGCCAGCCAUACGUGGCCAUGUGGGCGUCAGGGGGCUGGUCCCACAGGGAUGCCCACAGGACAAUGAGAGCUCUGUCCUCCCCCACCGGCCCUACCCAACACCUGGUCCUUGGUUUAAUAAACACUAUAAAGAGGC